CCAGUCAAAACGUCACACAGAAAAAUGGCAGCUCUCUUGACCCGGUUACACCACAUUUCGCUCCACGUUUCUAACGCGGAGAAAGUUGCUUGCGACCUCGUCUCUAAAUUCAAGUUUAAUUUGUUUGCCACCAGACUUACCGACAGGUCCAGACAGCUGGCUUUCAGAAAGGGAGCGGCUGUUUUCAUCGUGAAUGAGAGACCAAACCAGAGUGGUGUAAGAUUGAAUGAAGAGCCGCGCAUCAUAGACAUAUGCCCGGUCAACGUCAAAUACAACCUGGAUAAUUCAUCGAGAUGUAUGUACGAUAUCAGCCCAUAUUACCCGGUGGAUACUGUAAGCAACGUGUGUUUCGAGGUGGAGGAUGUGGAAAGGUCAUUCAGGACCCUAAGCCAUCUGGGCUGCAGCUUCCUGGUGCCGCCCACGACUGUGCAGGACGAGAGAGGUCCUGUCACCUACUCGGUGCUAAAAUCUAUUGUGGGAAACGUGUGCCACACAUUAAUUGACAGGACAAAAUACAAGGGAAGCUUCCUGCCUGGGUUUGAUGUCAUAGAAAAGGACUGCAGCUUGUCAGAGGAGGACUUGUCUUGUCCAAUCACACACUUUGAUCACAUAACUUAUGUCUGUCCCAGGAAGACAACCCACCAGGUCAUGAGGUGGUAUGAGACGCUCUUUGGUUUUCAGAGGUUUUUCAUUGACAGUAAUGAAGAUGUGGACGAAGGUUUUGUCGUCAACCAGGAGGGCAUCGGGCUGCGUCUUACUGCCAUGGAGUACUGGAAGUGCAGCAAAGCAGGCAUUACGCUCCCCUCUGUGGACAAAAAACAGCCAGACUGCAAAUUUGUCAUCGCAGAAUCACUGCCUGAACAAGGCAGGAAUCAGGUUGACACCUUCUUGGAGCAGCACGAGGCCCCGGGCAUCCAGCACAUCGGGCUGUACACAGAAAACAUAGUUUCUACUGCACAAACGAUGGCUGAUGCUGGUGUCCAGUUUUUCUCCCCUCCUUAUGCCUACUACACUGAGGUGGGGAAACAGCAUGAGAUAGAGGAGGCAGGACACAACCCACAGUUGCUGGCGCAGCACGGCAUUCUCCUGGACACAGACCUACACCGGGAUCCUUCAUCACAGACAGCAACCAGUAAAACCAAAAGAUACCUUCUCCAGGUGUUUACCAAGCCCAUUUUUGCAGAGGACACCUUCUUCCUGGAGCUGAUAGAGCGAAGAGGGGCGACAGGUUUUGGUGAGGGGAACAUCAGAGCACUAUGGAGGUCGGUGCAGGCGCACAUGGAGGAACAGAGGGGCGAUUCUCGAGAAAAGGGAUCCACAAAAACUGUGCAGACGUCCCAAUAUUAGUGACUCUGAAUACUUUUAACUGAGCUCUUUUUAUUUGCUGUUUUUUAUAUGUCAAUGUGGGAGCACUUAUUAGGGGAAAAUAUUUAUGGAAUGUAUAAGAGAUGUAAUAUAUUUAUGGAAGAGUUUUUCACAAGUGCUUUCUAUUUCAGUUUCAGAUUUAGUUAUGAACUCCAAGUUGCAUGUCACACUCCAAAAAAAGUACUGUACAAAUAUUCAAUUAAUAUCCAUCAACAUGACUGAACAGAUUAUGUCAAACUGCACUAUGAAAAAGUGGUACAAUGUUACAUGCUUUACUUGAAAUGUUACUACAAAAAUACACUUUCUGCGGUAGUAAAAGAAUGUCCUUGUUUUCACUGUAUCAAAGCAAAGCAACUGACUCACUUCACAGCAACUGUUCCUCAAUAAAUGUGUUGCUAACACCAGGCCGUGAAGAUCAA